GUGGGUGUUUUAGUGGGUAUAAUGGGCAUUGAAUGGCAUAAAUGAUUGUGAAUAUGAUGUGUUGUGAUGUACCCGUUUGUUGAUGAUAAAUUAUUGCUACGGUGUAGAUGCUUUUUGGUACAGAUUACGACGGAAUUAGUGGGCCAUCAAGAUGGGCAAACUUUUGUCGAAGAUAUUUGGCAAUAAGGAGAUGCGGAUUCUCAUGUUGGGACUCGAUGCAGCUGGGAAAACGACUAUACUGUAUAAAUUAAAAUUGGGACAAUCUGUCACAACAAUACCCACUGUAGGAUUUAAUGUAGAGACUGUAACGUAUAAAAACGUUAAAUUCAAUGUCUGGGACGUGGGCGGGCAAGAUAAAAUACGUCCGUUGUGGCGUCAUUACUACACUGGUACUCAAGGACUUAUAUUUGUAGUUGACUGCGCUGAUCGGGACAGAAUUGAUGAGGCACGCCAGGAAUUACACCGAAUCAUUAAUGACAGAGAGAUGCGAGAUGCUAUUAUUUUAAUAUUUGCUAAUAAACAAGAUCUUCCUGACGCUAUGAAACCACACGAGAUACAAGAAAAACUUGGAUUAACAAGAAUACGAGACAGAAAUUGGUACGUUCAACCAUCGUGCGCAACGACUGGUGAUGGACUCUACGAGGGCCUUACAUGGUUAACUAGUAAUCACAAAUUAUGAACUAUUAGUUAGUCCUCUCCAUUAAUCGUGGAUUUCGUAAAAUCUAAAAGACAACAGGUUUUAUCUAUUAAAAAAAAAGAAUGAAAAAAAAAACAAGAAAAAAAGCUAAAUGCAAGAAAACAAAAAUUAUAACAAAAAUGGCAAAAGGCAGUAAGCAAUUUUAUGUCAACCUCAAUCGAGGAGUUAGCUACAAUACACAUGCAGAGAGGUUGAUGUGGCACAUUUGCCUGCCCUGUGCAAACUAAAUGAACGUGAAGGAAUGUGAAUCUAAUGUACAAUGGCGUUUCAGUUAUGUGUAGAAUGGGUCGACGGCCUGUGGUAAAGGAAAAUGUAGGGUGGAGGGGGGUUUCUAUUCACACAAUCCACCGUUCAACAACGAGCCAUAAAUGUCUUAUCGAGAUGAUACUUUCAAUUCUUCGUUGUACAGCGCUCUCGAAGUUUAUUAUAAAUGAGGUACCAAAAAAGGAAAUAAAACAAAAAUGAAAGAAUGCUAUAAAGCGAAAA